AUGACAUUAUUCUUAUUUAUAAAUGUUAUCUUUAACUUCUUACUGGAAGAAAUGGGCGAGCGCAUUGAUGACCUUGAGAAGCAUGUUGCUGACCUGAUGACAGAGGCUGGAAUAGAAAACACGGAUGAAGAGUUGAGAAAAUAUAAAAAGACAAUUCGUGAAGAUGUAUUUAACGAUUCAUCAUUAACAUCAAGAAAUCAUUCUAAUCGCUGCUUUAAUCAGUGUAGGUUUGUGAGAAAUGUCGAGCUGGGGGGAGAGGUUGCUAUGCUAGAGGACAGGCUGGAGCAGCAGGCCCACAGGAACCUCAUGAAGGUCAAAGGCGAGUGCUGA